AUCCCCUCUGUAUUCCAUAGUCUCAUUCCAUGUAAGAACUUGUCUGCAAAAUAACUGAAUUAGAGGGGGAAGUCCACAUGUGCACAGAUUGCAGGCCUGCCAACCUUAUUAAAAGCCAUGCUUGGGCGCUAUCAUUAGCAAUGGGCAAACGGGUUCAAAUAUUAAUAAGUCUCCCCCAACUCCAUGAACAUUUGCCUAUUUAUAAGACUGUGCCUGAGCUAUAAGCUGUUUGGCAUGCUCUGAAAGGAGCUGGGUAACCCUCGCCCCGCCUAUUAUUUUUCAUGUCUUUGCCCGUCUGACAUUCCUGGCUAGGUACCAGGAUGGACACAACAUUUAACCUGAGACCAAAACCAGGAUGUGUCAGAAAUUUCCUGGGAAAGCCUAUUCUCAUGAGAUUUCCAGCCACAUUUUGCAGACUUGAGGUCAGGGGAAGGCUGAGAUAAGCAUUCAUUGUGAUGGGUGCUUAUCUGAACCUAAUCCUUUGCAUUUCACCCAUAACUAGUUAUUAUGUGAUGCUGAGAGAUGUGAACCAGCUGUGAUGGCUGGACGUAUUGGAAGAGGAUGACUUUGGGUCUCCCAGUAUAUUUGUUGCUCAGUAAUGACCAACAGGUGGUUAUAUGUUUUCCUUCCACUGAUGCUGAUUGCAUAGUGAGAUGAGUGAUUUGCAGCUGGUGUGUCACUGGGCUGCUUGCCUUUAUCGUAAGGGUUUUCAUGGCAUCCACCUGUGAUUCUGAAAAGGUGGCUCGUGUAAAGCUGAGAGUGUGGAAUGGUGUAGUCCUUAAGGCAAUACUGCCUGAAAUAUAAUGGUCUGGCUACUGCAGGCUGAUUAAGCUGGACCUCUGUGUGUGCUUGGGCUUUUUCUCUUCUGUGUUAUCUGCUCAGACAGCUGUAGCUUAGAGACUUCCUUAAGUGGGCUCAUCCUGGAGCCUGCUCAAUAUUAUACCCAUUGACUUUGCUUAGAAGAGACUUGGGAGUGGAGUAGUGGGGUUCUGAUGGAGACUUGUUAGCAGCUAUAAAGGGGAAUCAAGAUAGCAGGGGACCCUACAGGCCAGGAGAAAGGAACACUGACAAACUGCAGGGUCUGCAAACGAACCCUGUAAUGAGUAUGGCAUGCAGAAUGGUUCUGUUUUCCUGAACAUUCAUGACUUCAAAGUGGAUCAGCAACAGGAAGUAACAUGGCUCAAAGAUUCAUUACGCCUCACGAAAGGCAAAGGUUCUGAUAUGAAAUAUAACAAGGAUAAGAAAAAAUAUGAGAUGUUCCCCAAUGGAACCCUGAAAAUAAACCACCUGAUGGAAGAGGACAGUGGAAAUUACAAAGUGACUGUGUACAAUGUCAUGGGAAGUCUGCAAGUGGAGAAGAACUUAUAUCUGUGCGUUCAGGAAAUGGUCUCUAAACCAGAAAUCAAAUGGACAUGUACACAAAAACUCAUAAAUGUGACAUGUGAGGUGAAACAGAAGAACAAAUAUACUUUUAAUUUGCUUCAUAAUAACAAGACGCUCCAUGUCAGGACAACAGCUGCAAAUGGCAUAUGGAAGAUUGAAUAUCGACCCAACACCAAAAUCCUUACCGCAAAGUUCCAAUGCAAAGUUGAAAAUGACAUUAGCCAAAACACUACUGAUCAGGAAAUCAAAUGUUCAGGGCCGCUGGACAUUGUUCUCAUCGGGAGCAUUGCAGGAGGUGCAAUUGUCUUUGUCAUCUUUUUGGCACUGCUGAUUUACUGUAUCAGGAAGAAGAGAGCAGAAAGAUAUGAAGAAGAACAGGAUGAAGAGACACCGAUGAAAAUUCGACAAUCGAGCGACGAAUCGAAAUAUCGGGAGCUUCCUAAACCUCCAGUUCACGGUCCCCCGAAGCAGCCACGCCAGCAGCAGAGACCCCCUCCACCGUCUCAAACUCAAUACCAGGCAGGGCCUCCCCGGCCCAGGCCACGCACUCAGCAGAAGUCUCCAAGCCACAUGAAGGAGAGACCGUAAGCAUUUGUCCUGGAGGAACAGAACCUGUCCCAUUACUUGCUCUGGUGGGACUCGCUACAAAAAUAACCUUGCAAAUAGCCAGCAAUCCCCCAGAUUGGCCGCUUUUGUUGUGGAAGAUCACUGUCUAUACUGAAUGGCUGAUGAAAAGGCUCAACGAUGGAGACUUGCGGUCUUGGCCAUUUUCUUCAAGUGACUCCAUGCUAAUGUGGGACAUUUAGUCCUGAAAUCUGCUUCCUUUUUGUUUCAUUUGGUUGUACCUCUCCUUGCCAACUUCUGGUCUAAUUUAUUUUAUUUUUAUUUUUGGGGGGAAGGCUCUAAGACUCUAUUGAGAUGACUUUCAUCACGUCUAUCUCUUUCUCCCUUUACCUGCACUCCCACCCAAACACCCCUCUAGUUGCUGCAGCCGGUCAUUUGAUCACAUGGAGAGGAAAAUAGUUGUGUUAAUUGUAAUGAAGGCCUGACAUAGUGGAGUGCUGGCAAGAAACUGCAACUUUAUUUCUUGGCUACAGUGACAUGACCUGGUUCAGGGUUCCCAAGGCAGAUGUACUCGUCACGUGACAGGAGCCAGUAUCCAUUGGUGUGUGAGAUUCCUGUAGCACAGUAAUACAAACUACCAAACAAAACCAAGUAGUCUAAUUAAUAACUAUUUUCUCUGAACCUUGUUGGCUCUCUCAUCCCAUGGCCAUUUUGUGCUCUCAAAAGAGGCCCAGGUGUGGUGGCCAGUGGAGCUACUACGGUUGGUGUGCCACCUAGAGCCAGUCACAUGUACCAGAGAGGAGGAAUUCACCCUCUUGCUUGUUCUACGAUAUUACUUGCUUCCAGGAAUAUCUGGAAAUGCUGCAGUGCUGUCUUCUGCUCCUCUCCCAGAGCUCGUCCACACAGAGGGAUUUAGGAGGCCUCAUUUACUCUAUUUCUGUGAAGGACUUGGUUUAGGGCUGACACCAUGUAAUCCAUCUGACACCUGCUUCAGCAUUCUGAAAGCAAAUUGCCUUGUACUGACGCAGGUCGGGGACCCAGCGGUUCCAGUAACUCUUGCUUUGACAAAGGAGGACAUGCUCAGCUGGUCUGCAGGCAGCACCACAUGUCUCUGGAACACUGAGUGUAGUGCAGGAGGUCUCAAACUGGGGGUCUGGCCCCCUCAGAGGUCAUGAGCUGUCAACCUCCACCCCAAACCCUGCUUUGCCUCCAGCAUUUAUAAGGGUGUUACAUUAAAAACACACGUUUAUAUAUUUAUAAGGAGGGGUCGUGCUCAGAGGCUUGCUGUGUGAAAGGGGUCACCAGUACAAAAGUUUGAGAACCCCUGGUGUAGUGGGAAAGACAUUCUUAUUCAUAGGCAACACAUGGGGGGGCAUGCAGAGGCAAUUGCCCCCCCAUCCCCAUAGAUUUUUGCUUGGACUGCAAGGAGGAGGGAGAGAGGCUUUGUCCUUCUCCUGAUGGGCCUUCCCCCUGGCAUGCUGUGCCUCUGGCAGCCGGGACUGGCUGGGGAGGGAAGGGGAGGACACCAGCCACUUCUCACAUUGACCGCUCCGGGUUGCUGCUCUGUGCAGCACAGCCACUGCCUGAGAGAGAGCCCAGCUGGGGAGGUGGCGGUGGCAGCCUAUUUCCCACCUGGGCCCAGCAGACAGGGACAGGGGCCAAGCGAGCCAGAGUCCCCUCUCCUCCCCCGCCCCCCCCCCCACACAUUUCCGGCUUGCUCAGCCCGUCCAUGGUAGCCAGUCCCAGGCGGGGAGCGAGCUGCUGCCGCUGUCACCUCUCCAGGCGGGCUCUCUCUCCGGCAGCUGCCUCAAAGAGCAGCGACCCGCAAAGUGGCUCCGUCCCACUCCCCAGGGAGAGCGGCCAAAAGGGCCAUGGGGGAGGUGCAGCAGGAGAAGAACAGAGCCUCAGGUAACUCUGGUGGGGCAGGGAGAGCACGGCGACUGCAGGCUGGGUGCAAGGCUGGGGGGUUGCUGGGCAGAGGAGACGUGGGGCUGUCAUGUGUCCUCCCCCUUUAGAUUGUGGCCCCCCCCAGCAUCAGGAGGCACGAGUUGUCCAUGCCUCUCACCUUUGGCGAGUCUCAUGACUCCUCUGAUUCUCAGGUAGAUCAGCUGGGUCAGCAGAGGCCCCAUGUUUCUAUUUUAUUCACUCUAUUGUCUGGCUAGUUAAAGCAGCCCCUCUGGUGUUAGUGACAGCACACUGAGCAUGGGGUAGGGAUGGAGAAGUGAGAGCCAUUCUCAGUAGCACGUUGGCUGGAGCUUGCUACUCAUGCCACAUAAGGUAGAUGAAUGUAUGGUAGUUCUUUCAGGCUCCGAGUCUCCAAUGUAUUUCUGUGGCAUUAAAAGGUGUAUCCUUAUUUCUCGCCACAAAUGUGCCCAUUUAUGACCUGCCAGGUGCAGGGAAGAGACAUGUGGGGAAGGAGGCCCCUGCAUGUCCCUCCAAGGGGCCAGUUGUUGUACUUUGCUUUUUCCUCAGAAGCUGGUCCACCUGGAUGGAAAUGUUACUCACGCCAGGCCCAGCUUUCUGCAGUAUGUGCUAAUGGCUUGACUAGUUUAAGGUUUAUUUUUUUUAAAUGGCUUGUUCUCUAUUUUGUGUAUGAGAUACAGCCUAGUACUGCAUAAAUAAAGAUUAGAAAGUGGAUG